ACCGCUCUGAUUGGAGGGAGCGGUGGUCACUCAUCAACGGUCCUCGGGAACAACUGCUGUACAUGGCCGAAUAUUUACGACUGUUCCAGCUACUUUUAGGCCGGAUUUAAAACGGACACAGGGUCUCCGCUUGCUGGUGCUUCGGAUGUCCAAGUACAGACUCUUUCUGCUGAGGCAUGGGGAGGGGGCCUGGAACAAAGAGAACCGUUUCUGCAGCUGGGUUGACCAGAAGCUGAGCGAGGAUGGGGUGACGGAGGCCCAGGACUGUGGGAGACUCCUGAAGGAGCAGGGCUACAAGUUCGACUUGGUUUUCACCUCCAUACUCAGCCGCUCCGUUCACACGGCGUGGUUGGUGCUGGAGGCCAUGGGUCAGGAGUGGGUCCCCGUGGUCAAGUCCUGGAGGCUGAACGAGCGCCACUACGGCGCCCUGAUCGGCCUGAACCGGGCCGAGAUGGCUCUGCAACACGGAGAGGAGAAGGUGAAGUUGUGGAGAAGGAGCUACAACAUCACUCCGCCUCCAAUGGAUGAAUCCCACCCGUACUUCCCGGAGAUCUACAACGACCGCAGGUACACCACCUGUGACGUGCCGAAGGAGAGCCUCCCGCGAGCGGAGAGCCUGAAGGAGGUGUUGGACCGGCUGCUGCCCUACUGGGACAGCACUGUGGUGCCAGAGAUUCGGAAAGGCAGGACUGUGCUCAUUUCUGCUCACGGAAACAGCUGCAGAGCCCUGCUGAAACAUCUGGAAGGGAUAUCCGAUGAGGAUAUUGUCAGCGUGACUUUACCUACAGGGAUACCUGUGCUGCUCGAGCUGGAUGAAAACCUCAAGCCUGUGAAGCCUCGACAGCUCCUGGGAGACCAGGCAAAGAUUCAGGUGGCGAUUAAAAAGGUGGAGGACCAGGGAAAAGCCAAACAAUCUACUUGAACACACAUCGAUGGCUGUAAGAUUUAACAUAGCUCGGUUCUGGUUGCCUGUACGCACUUUUCUUAGCCACAGGCUCAGUGGGCAUUGUUGAAAAGAUGCUAAUAAUAAUAAUAAGGAUGAUGUAUGACAUCUUAUGUUAACAGCACAAUGUUAAUAUGAUUUGAAGAAAGGUGUGACAUUUCUGUGCGCAUGCAUGUGUGGUUGUGGCCUGACCUGGAUACAGAAAGUGGGUGACCGGUCAGACGGAUGGCAGGAGACUGUACUGUACUGUCGUUGUUUCAGUGUUGAGUCGCAUUGUGUCUAAGCUGGGAUGUUUAAGCUAACUGUUACCACUUCUGCCUGUAUGGUGAUUCUAAAGUGUUGGUUUAUUUAUUUACCGAGUGACUCAACCUUGAAGAUCAACCGUAAUGGGAUGAUGCUCGGAAAUCUUCCAAUUUGUCAUACAGAGAAAGAGGAAAAGGAAGAAGAUUUUCUGUUACACUGAUAAGCUUUAGGAAUAUUCCCUUGGAUUUAAACAUGUGCCUUCAGAGUUAACAUAACGCUCAAAUUCAGCAAUUAAAAAAAAAAAAAAAAGCUUCUUUUUA